CCAUGGUAGGUAUCGGUUAUCAGCCGACGGUUGUGCGCGUGCGCAGCGGACGAACAGUUGAUGUUCGCGCGUCGAGAGGGAGGUACAUCCGCUGGCCGACGCUAGCGCACCUGUGACUUAGUGAUCGAUAUACAUAUCGAGUGCUUCCAUAAUACUGUACUUUACGUGAAACAACCCAGUGGAAUAAUCAGGGAUACUAAUCGAAUGCUAAGGUAGACAGACUAUUUGGAUACACGAACAACAUGAGAUCCUCGGCGAGGUUACAGUUGCUGACGUGCCUGAUGCUGUACGCGUCGUGCGUGCAGGGCAUCAUGGUGAAGUUCGGAACUAAAGGCGGGCCCAUCGAGCCGCCGGUGCCGGAGCCUACGCUGCCGCCGCCGCGGCCGUACCGCGCUCCUGCACCGGUCUGGGAAGAGAGAUCCAAUGAUGCACCAGACCCUAAUGCUCACUGGCGCCCGCAACCAUUCAAGCCUCAGCCGCGAUACACGCACGUGAUCUACAAUGCCCCUGCACCUUCCUUGCCUCUGAACAACGCCCAGCGCUUCGUCAACGCUUACAUACCCAGACAUGAACCGGUACAUGCAAAACCCGUGCAGAAUUAUUUCACGCCCGCACAAGUACUUGGCUCUCAGACAUUGCCCGGUGUCGGCCUGCGGUAUUUCGUACCUGUAUAUGUCAAUGAAUCACCAAACAGGGUUGAGACUAAGAAAGAAGACUCUGUACAUAAUAAUAUUGAAAGUAAUGACGUCGAUGGUGGUAGCAGAGACUCCGCCAGCGAUUUGCAAUGGAAAUACGAGAAAGACGCCUCCAAGAGAAAUGUUAGAAACACCCUAGAAGGCACACCAGUAUACCAAUGGCCUGCAUACGUACCAAGACAACAUUAACGUUGCGUGUUGUUAAAAUGUUGCUUACAUCGCAGUUCAAAGUAACUAAUGUUUUAGGUCCUAUGUUAUUAUAAAGUAGUUUCAUAUUUGUUGAGGAAUUUAAGUGGAAAGAGUUGAACCCACCAGAAAUAAAAAUGUUGCAGCUUUUAUCUGAUUAAAUUUUAUUGUAAGAAACCUUGAGUGUUUCAUUCUUUUAUUGUACUUACUUAUUAUUGAGGACGAAGACUAUGUGAAUGACUGAAAGACUGCAGGAGAUCCCUGAAUAAAUGCAUAACGAAUAAUAACAUGGGACCUUAACUGUGGUGUCAUUAGGUAGUAGAUGUAGUAUAAGAAAAACGUGCCAGAAUUUUUAAAUAUGUUACGUAUAAACAUAAAAUAUACAGAAUAAAUGAGAAUAAUAAUUACUUUAUAAAAGUAAAAUGAGUAGAUCCACCAGCAUAAAUGGAAAAUAACAUUUGUUAUGUACUGUUCCUUUUUUUCAUACAUGACGAGAAAUUAUUAGAUGACUCUAAACUUUUCCUUAUCUACUAUUAUAGGUCAUGCUUUUAAUAAUGAUAAAAUAUAUGGAAAGACGUUUUCAUGUUAAACAUAUUUAACCACAGAAUUUAUCUUCAAUAUUUGUAACAUGCAGAAUGUUGGAAAAUUGUAUCUAAAUUCGUCUGACUAUUCUAAAAUAAGAACACAAUAUUUCCAUUAAAAUUAUAUCCUAUUGUCAUUGUGGUUUUCUCUCACGAGAAGCAAUUUACUCAUCUACAGAUUACAAAA